AUGUAUACAUCUGUUCCUACAGCAGCAAGAAUCCAAGAUACAGUUGGAAGAAAGGAAAGCACUUGGCAAUGCGAUGAAUGUUCGGGCACUAAUGAAAUAUCAACGAGGCGAUGUGUACUUUAUGCGGAGCCGCGAUUCGCUGCGUCUUCUAUUUCAUAUGCAACGACACAGCGACAACAAGAUGGAAUGAUAAAAGAAUAUAAUAAAAUUGCGCUUUCGAAUAUAUGUUCGAAAAAUGAUGAAAAAACAUCGUUACAUCCAAGAAAUCAAGGUAAAUUUUGGAAUUAUUUGGAAAUAUGUUCGUAA